AUGAGAUUUCAGCAAUUCCUUUUUGCAUUUUUUAUUUUUAUUAUGAGUCUUCUCCUUAUCAGCGGACAGAGACCAGUUAAUUUGACCAUGAGAAGAAAAUUGCGCAAACACAAUUGCCUUCAGAGGAGAUGUAUACCUCUCCAUUCACGAGUACCCUUCCCCUGAGCGUAGGUUCACAAAGUACAGUCCGCAGGCCAGCAACAUCACCUGGGAACCUAGGAAAAAAAUAGCCCUACUGAAUCAGAAGCUGGGGAGGUGGCCCAAGCAAUCUUACACCAAGACCUCCA